AUGAAUGGUGUAGAAAUUGAUCGAAAUACCAAUGUUGGUAUUACCAGUACAAUGAAAGGGUAUUUGUCUUUUAGUCCUAAUCAAUUGAGCACUUUGGAAAAUGCUGGUUGGUAUACAAAUGACGAGACCAAAAUCAUCAAUGAAGCUGGAUACUUUGAUUUAUCAAUUCCACUGAAUAUAUUGUGUGGUUUCGCAGAAGAUUAUCUAAAAAUUCUAAUGAAUGUUCAGCUUGAAAUCAUUCUUACAAUAGCUAAUACUGAUAUAAAUGCUUAUAUACUAACAAACGCAGCUGCAGAAAAUGUGAAAGUUACUCUUCAAAAAAUUGAAUGGAUUAUGCCAUAUAUUACACUGUCUGACAAAGAAAAAAUUCAAGCACUGAAUUAUAUUACUGGUGAUCCAGCUAUUCCAAUAAGUUUCAGAACCUGGGAAUUAUAUGAAUAUCCAUUGUUACCUGCAACUUCAAGACAAAUUUGGGUUGUCAAAACUUCAACACAGCUGGAGAAACCACGAUGUGUGGUUCUUGGAUUCCAAACAGCAAGAAAGAAUGAUGCUAGAAAAAAUUCUAGUAAAUUUGAUCACUGCAAUAUUCGAAACAUUAAGCUAUUUUUGAAUUCUCAAAGUUAUCCUUAUGGGGAUUUAAACUUGGAUAUAAAUAGCAAUCAGUAUGCUUUAUUAUAUGAUAUGUAUAUGAACUUCCAAACAUCAUACUACAAUAAAGAAGCAGAACCGAUAUUGACGAAGAAGAACUUUUUACAAGAAGCACCACUUUGUGUCAUCGACUGCUCUAAGCAAAACGAGGCUAUUAAAUCUGGACCAGUAGAUAUUAGAUUGGAAUUUGAAUCGUUAGUUCCAUUUCCAGCCAAUACAACUGCGUAUUGUUUGAUCAUUCAUGAUCGUAUUGUUGAAUAUAAGCCUAUAAGCAACACUGUGCGAAAAUUAAUGUAA